AUGGUGCUUCCAACUGCUCUCCUAGCUGCUUUAGCUGCUACCCCAUUUGUUGGGGCUAUUUUGCCUAUCCAUACUAGAGGUGACAGAUUUAUUUUGCCCUCUUAUCCUAGCAACAGUACCGAUGAGAAUUCGGUGUUUUACAUUAAGGGUAUUGAUUACCAACCUGGUGGUUCAUCGUCGUAUGACCCAUCAUCCGGUAAAGAUCUGUUAUCAGAUGAGUCGAUCUGUGCUAGAGAUGCGUUCGUUUUCCAACAAUUAGGCAUCAACACCAUUAGAAUUUACUCUUUGAAUCCUGACGUUAAUCAUGACAAGUGCAUGACUAUUUUGAACAACGCUGGUAUCUAUGUGAUCUUGGAUGUUAACUCGGGUGAAUACGGUGAGAGUUUGAACAGAGCUGAUCCAAGUGGCUCAUACAAGGGCUUCUACUUGGAGCGUGUUUUCAAGUUCAUUGAGGCUUUCAAAGACUAUCCAAAUGUUUUGGGUUUCUUUUCUGGGAAUGAGGUGAUUAACGAUGAUUCAAACUAUGCCAGUAUCGAUCCACCUUACAUCAGAGCUGUUCAAAGAGACAUAAAGCAGUACAUCAGUAAGCAUUCCAACAGAACCAUCCCUGUUGGGUACUCUGCUGCUGAUAACACAGAUCUAAGAUUGGCUACUUACGACUAUUUGCAAUGUAACGCCUUGAACGGUUCUCGAGUGGAUCAAAAUUUGGAUAUCUCUAGAUCUGACUUCUUUGGCUUAAACACUUAUGAAUGGUGCUCUGGCUCUUCUGAUUGGACUUCGUCUGGCUACGAUAAACUAGAAAGUGGUUUCAAGAAUGGUACUAUUCCAGCCAUUUUCUCCGAAUUUGGAUGCAACAAGAACUCCCCAAGAACAUUUGACGAAGUUUCCGAAGGUUUAUAUGACGGUUUAUUGGACACUUUCUCUGGUGGUUUGGUUUAUGAAUACUCUCAAGAAGGUAACAAUUAUGGUUUGGUUAAGAUUGACGAUGACGGUAACAUUGAGUAUUUGAAGGACUUUGAUAAUUUGAAGAGCCAAUACCAAAAGGUCAAGCUACCAGACACUAAGGAAAACAAUGUAACUGAAAGCAAAACCUCUGUUUGUAAUGCAAGCAAGAUCAAGAGUGACAAUUCACAAUUUGGAGUUAACAACUUUACAAUCCCAGAGCAACCUUCCGAUAUCGCUGACAUGAUCAAAAACGGUGUUCAAACUAACAACACAGGAAAGAUUUUAACUGAUUACACUCCUCCAACUACUCUAAAAUACACUAUCAAGGAUUCUAAUGGUUCAGAGGUCUCUGCAACUAUCACGUACCCAUCUUCCAACACUAUCAACGGUAUCAGCACUUCUACUUCAGCAACUUCUUCAGCAACAUCUGAAACCAAAUCUAAAUCCUCUGCUACUUCUUCUAGUGCUCAUUCAUCUUCGAAAAGUAAAGGUGACGCUGCUGGAUCUGUUGCAGUAAACACUGGGUUGAUGGCUAUUGUAGCAGGUGUUAUUUCAGCAUUAUUGUAA